UCAAAGCUCGCAGUUUGCUGGCGAAAGCUCCCCGUGCUGGAGCUUCAUCUCCGAUUUCUGGAAAUUACGUGGCUCGAUUGGCGCUGAAGAUAAAUAUUCGGGGUUUCCCCUAAAUGUGGUUUUGGAGAGAUUUGCAAAAAUGUGACUUGUUUUUUUAUUUUUUCAAAUAAAUUACAAGUGCUAGAUUGCUGAAAAUGUUUCCGAGUAUAAAUCCCCCAGUCGGCAAUGAAUGUGCGGGAGGAGGUCCGAGAACAACGAACAAUGUUCCUAUCAGAGACAGUUCUAAUCGGUACUCGAGCUUUUUCCACUGUUUUCUACCUUUUACUCGCUUUUGGGGAGUUUUUACAGCUAUUGUCCUUUGCGGAGUCGGAGUCGACUUGGCCUUCCACAAACACAAUUCCGGCUACUAUCUCAUAGGUAGUUCGGCUGCUGUGCUCUUCCUGGAAGUAACAUGGGUGGUAACGCUGUUCCUGCAGCUCUGCGUCAGGGCGGAAUCGCGUGUUUUUCGGUGUUGGUCCGUGUUUUCGUGGCUCGAAGGAUGGAAGAAAAGUCUACUCUACGCCCCCCUGGGAGCAGUGCCUCUCAUUUGCCCUCACAAACUCUGGCUCUCAUAUGUAGCGGCAGGGCAGCUCGUCGCGCUAGCCUUCUUUCAUUUUGUAUUAUCUUUCAAAGGACGCAGACGAAGGAAACGGAAAGAUCGUCUUCUCCACGCUGAUAUUGACAGUUUUGAAAGUAGUAAAUUUGAGGAAGUCACCGAAGUCCUGGACGACGGUCUUCCAGAACCGAUUCCGGGAAGCAGUCAUUCCCUGUCGGAUAGUUUAGCCGAACAGGAUACGAUCCUUGAAAUAUGACCGGAGCUGCACCAGCCUCCCGACUUGUUUAAACAUAUAGUGGACUCCGGACACUGGAGUGAGCUGGAGACCGAGGAUAUCGUUUCGUAAAGCUGCCAAAAAUACCAAUUCUCCAACAAAUUAACACUUUUUAUACUUGUGCCAACUCGCUUUCAAUUCCAAUUUCAGCACUCUUGUAAAUACAAUUUUCACCACUAGACGAACUAUUGUACAUAUUCACAAACACAAGCAAUUAUAAAAUGUAUCUGUACAUACGUAAGCCAGUAAUAAACUAUUACGCCACAA